AUGACCGAUGGACCACCAUUAAUGUUCAAUCGAGCGUUCUUCGAGAGAAAGGAGAACUGGUUGAAGAUUUUGCAGUUGCGUUCAAAAGGUGGCAAAAGCAAAAGCCAAAGCUGGCUGGCUUCGCCUUGGGUAUUUGGUUUCAUCACAUUCCUCACCAACUACUGGUGCUAUCCAAACCCACAUUUUCUCUACUGCGGAGAGAGAUACUUCACUUCUUCCCAAGUGUUCCAAUUGGCUGUUUUCAAUGGAUUCUGCAUGUUUCUCACUAUUUCUCUGAUUAUCGCAAACGUCGCCGGCGCCUAUGACGCAUUCUACAAGACCAAUCCAUACCUUUUAGAGCGCUACUUGGUCUAUCUCCAGACAUUCUUGUACUCGGUAGCCUAUAUUACACUGGUGGUGGAUUAUGAAAACAGCCCGUAUGCUAAAGCAUUCACCAUUCCAUUGAUUUCUACCACCUUUACCCUUCUCGUCUAUGUCAUUGAUGCUCUAAUGAAGUGCCGUCGUAAAAAUCCAAUCGGACAUUAA